AAUCCUAAAAUACUGAAGAAAAAAAUAUAAAACUCCUUCAAAAUCUCCAAAUUAGGAAUGGAAUUCAAUUUUUUUAAAAUUUGUUCACAAACAAACAAAAUAGCUUUUCUGACCCGAUAGUUUUGUCACAGAAUCUGUAUGUUAUAAAAUUUCUUCUCUUUUAAUGCUUCUUCACAAGAGUAGAAAGAGAAAGAGAAAAAAAAAAUAUUAAUAAACCUUUUAUUUAUAGCCCUUCCUUUACUUCCUGCAACUUUUCAGUUUUUCAGUUUCCAUAAAAAUUUGAAUACUUAUUAUAAAUACACACAACAAAAGAAAAGAAAACAAGUUACAGGUUUGGCCUACAAAUGUUAGCAAAAUAGUACCAACAAACAACUUGUUAUUUGUAAAACCAAAAUUUCACCGUGUUUUGGAACAUCUAUUGGCCUGAUUUUAUUUGUUAUUGAGGUUUACAAAUAUGGCUAUUCAAGCGCAUUUGUAUUCGGAGAAUCUCGGGUUUUCGUUAGGGAGUUUGCAUGAUUUAAUGGAUGAUAAUGCUUGUGGAUUCAAUCAAUAUUUCGUUAAUUCUCACCCGGAGCAACAGCAGCAGCAACAACAACAACCGUAUUUGUUACAAAUCCAACAGCAGCAGUUUCAAAUUCUGAAUCAGAAAAAUAAAAUUCAGAAUUCGAAUUCAUCAAAUUCGACUGUGUUUCAUCAUAAUCUGGCUUCCCAAUUUGAUAAACAGAGAGUAGAGAUUGAUCAGUUCGUUAGUUUACAGAACGAGAGAUUGAGAUUGGCUCUGCAAGAACAGAGGAAGCAACAACUGGCAUUAAUCUUGAGAAAUUACGAAUCAAAGACUCAUUUAUUACUGAAACAAAAAGACGAAGAACUUGUGAAGGCUUGCAACAGGUCGAAAGAGUUGGAAGAUUUCUUGAAAAGGAUAGAAAUGGAGAAUCAAACAUGGCAGAGAAUCGCGAAUGAGAACGAAGCCGUUGUUGUUUCUUUAAACAACACAAUUGAACAAUUAAGAGAAAAUGCAUGUUUUCAAUCAACCAAUGUAGGUGAUGCAGAGUCUUGCUGCGAUGUACAACCAAUUGAGGACAAAGUACAAUCUUCGCAACAAGAACAAACAAUAAAGAUGAUGUGCAAAAGGUGUAAUUCUAGUAAGUCGUGCAUGGUUUUUUUGCCUUGUAGACAUCUUUCUUCAUGCAAAGAUUGUGAAACUUGUCUCCAUUCAUGUCCCCUCUGUAACAUGGUCAAAAAAGCAACUAUAGAGGCUUUGAUUUGAUUAUCUUGCAAAAUGACAAUUAUUCCAAGCUUUUGAUUAAUUAAAAUUUACAUCGCAAAUUCUAGAAAAAUCAA